UGUUCUAAUUAUAACGACUAUUAAAAUAAUUUUGAAGAAAGCUGCUUGUACAGUAAAUUUUAUAGUACUCUCGAAUUUGCUAGCUCGGUAGAUAUAUAUAAACACUCGGCAGAUACAAGAUAUAUAUAGAUGGCCCUCUCUCCCUCUGAGCCUCAUCUGGAGCCCCACAUGCAUGGUAGUCCCCCUGCACCGUUGGCAGAGAGCUGGUGUCACACUCACCUCAAGGUGCACAAGUUUUCUUACCUGUGGACCAUUGACAACUUCAGCUUCUGCAAGGAAGAGAUUGGAGAGGUUCUCAAGAGCUCUACCUUCUCAACUGGCCCUGACGACAGCCUGAAAUGGUGCUUGCGAGUGAAUCCUAGAGGUCUCGACGAUGAGAGCCGUGACUACAUCUCCCUCUACCUCGUUCUGGUAUCCGGGACAAAGGCUGAGGUACGAGCAAAGUUCAAGUUCUCCAUUCUCAACAAACACAAGGAGGAACGGAAAGCCAUGGAGAGUCAACGAGCUUACAGAUUUGUGCAAGGGAAGGAUUGGGGAUUCAAGAAAUUCAUAAGAAGAGAUUUCCUAUUUGAAGAUGGUAAUGGUCUUCUGCCAGAUGACAGACUGACAAUAUACUGUGAGGUGAGUGUGGUUGCUGAUGCGCUCACAGUGACUGGGUCAAUUCACGACCUCCCCAUUGUGCCCGAGUGCGACCUGAGCAAGCACCUGGGUGAGCUGAUGGCGUCUGGCUCACUCAGUGAUGUCACUCUCGUCAUCGGGGAGAAGGAGUUCAAAGCUCACAAAGCUAUCCUAGCAGCUCGUUCCCCUGUCUUUGGUGCCAUGUUUCAACACUCCAUGGAAGAGAGUCUGAAGGUACUGCAACAAAACCACGCACCUUUAAUGAAUCGUGUUGAGAUUCAAGACCUGGAUCCUGAAGUGCUACAGGAAAUCCUGACGUACAUCUACACAGGGAAAGCCCCUAACCUCAGCAAAACUGCCGACGCCCUCCUCUCUGCUGCUGACAAGUAUAACCUCGAGCGGCUGAAGCUGAUGUGUGAGGAGUGCCUGUGUAACGAGCUGAAUGCUGAGAACGCAGCAGACACGCUCAUCCUAGCAGACAUGCACUGUGCAGAGAGACUCAAGGAGAUCACCAUUGAGUACAUCAAUAGACACGCCUCUGAUGUGAUGGAGACGUCCAGUUGGACCAGUCUAGUCAGCGGACACUCUCUGCUAGUGGCCGAAGUAUUCAAGGCCUUGGCUUUAACCACGCUCCCUCGAAAACGACCUCGAAUGUCCAAUGCUGAUCAAGGAACAGGACACUCAUGCUCUUGAAGUUUUGUUCAAUUAGCACUACAAUCUCACUCACUCGCUUCAUUCCUUUUAUUUCUUGUACCCAACCUUCCUCACACACUGUCGUGUAUAUUGCUUUAUUGUUCUGACAUGUGACUCUCAUAAUUUAAUAUGUACGAUUAUUAUAAAAUAUCUUUUGUUGUUAUUAUUACAUAUCGAUGAAAA